AUGGGCGAUCUAUACGACUACAACGCGACGUUACGCAGAAUGGUCGACAUGGGCCAUCAGAUCGGGUCGCAUACAUGGAGUCACGCCAACCUCUCCUCUCUCUCCCCCACCGCCAUACGCGACGAAAUGACACUCCUAGAAGACGCCAUGAUGAACAUCCUCGGCUUCUUCCCAUACUACAUGCGCCCGCCUUUUCUCUCCGCAGACAGCCAAGCUCUCAGUGUGUUGAAGGAACUCGAGUACCACGUCAUCAUCGGCGACCUCAACACCAAAGACUGGAAAUACCAAUCCGCCGAUACAAUUGGCGAAGCGAAGAAACUGUUUGAUCUGGGCCUGGAGAGGGGGUAUAGCAUCGUCGAGGCGCACGACCAGGAAGUUUGGACGCAGGGCGAAUUGAUUGACUAUAUGAUCAAGGUUGUGCGGGAGAGAAAUAUAAAGAGUGAGCCCGACCACAUCCUCGCCCUCUUUCCCUACCAGCAUGAGCUAACAACCCCACCACAGCCGUAA